CUAGAAGAGGAGGAAGAGCAAAGAUGUAAAGGUCUAAAACCUAAACCAGCUGAUGAUGUUUUGGAUGAAGAGGGACCUCGUGAUUUGCUUAACUCGAAUAGAAUCCAGUUGGUUCAAAGCACUAGUAUAUUGCCUCGAAACAACCAGGAUAUUAUU